AUGAGCGAGCUCGUCCCACCAGAGCCAGCCGGCCACAGCGCGCGAGUCUCUGUGGAGGUACUGUCGGCGCGCGGCCUCCGCAACAAGCGGAAGCUCCCCUUCACGCGCAUGAGCCCCUGCGCGCUCGUCUCCCUCCCCGGCCGCCCCUCCUGCUGGAAAGCCUUGCCGCCAGCCGUCAACGGCGGGCGAAAUCCCACCUGGGGCGGCGGGCCGCAAUUUACGGCGGAAUUCGAGGUGGAUGACCUUCUGCCCCGCUCAGAAUCGUCUCCGCAGCAGCCAUCCGCCUCCGCCUUCCCUUCCGAAUCUUCCUUUCCCGCCUCUCCCAUUUCCUCCGCUUCCGCCGAUCAUAAAUCUACCGCCUCGACGUUUCCCUCCCCCGCCUCCUCCGCAGCUGCAUCCUUUCCCCCCGCGGCACUUCCCCCCCACGCGCGCGCGCAAGUGCGCGUGGAGCUCUUCAGCUCCGCUACCCUGCGCAAGUCGCUCGGCGCGGCCACCGUGGCGCUGGACGCGGCCUUCCGCCGACCGGGGGAGUGGCAGUUAGCGCAGCUGCCAGUGAUGCGCUCGAGGUGCAAGGGGGGAGACGAGCGCGCGAAGCAGAGCGGAUGGGUGACGGUGCGGGUGAGGGUUUGGGGAGUUGCGGAGGCGGGGAUGGGGGAGAGGGGGAUGGCGGAGGGGGGAGCAGCAUGCUGGCAGCCCCCGCUUGCACCCAUCCCAUCGUUCUACACCCAAACAGGUAGGGAGUGCGAUGCUGACGUGGACGGUGCUGACGUGGACGGUGUGAGAAGAGAGGGGGUAGCAGCUGCAGCAGGUGUAGUGACAGCUGGCUCAGCAAUCACCCCAUCUCCAUCGCCUUUAACACCUCCACCACCACCGCCUGUUACUGGUUACCCUGCCGCACCCCCUUAUAGUCACACUGUGCCACCUUACUACCCUCCCAACUAUCCUUCGGGACCAUACGCUCAACCAACCAGCAGCACUCACCCGUACACAGCCUAUGCAGGACCGACCAAUCCCCCUGCACCAUGGUACCCCUCGUCACAAGCACCUCCAGUGACGGUGUACAAGCACAGCAAGCACGGGCAGAAGAGGAGGGCGCCUGGCAGGGCGGGGCUGGGUGCUGGGUUGGCGCUGGGAGCCCUGGGUGGGCUGUUGGUGGGGGAUGCCAUUGGGGAUUCGAUUGGGGAUGGGUUGGGAGAUGCUGGAGGAUUCGAUUUUGGAGGGUUUGAGCCAGCCGGCCACAAUGCGCGAGUGUGCGUGGAGGUAGUAUCUGCGCACGGCCUCCGCAACGAGCGGAAGCCCCCCUUCGCGCGCAUGAGCCCCUGCGCGCUCGUCUCCCUCCCCGCCCGCCCCUCCUGCUGGAAAGCCUUGCCGCCUGCCGUCAACGGCGGGCGAAACCCUACCUGGGGCGGCGGGCCGCAAUUCACGGCGGAAUUCGCAGCGGAUGACCUGCUUCCCCACUUAGAUUCGUCUUCGCAGCAGCCCGCCUCUUCCCUCCCUUCCGAGUCCCCCUUUCCCGCUUCUCCCUUGUCCUCCGCUUCCGCCGAUUACAUAUCAUCCACUGCCGCGACGUUACUCUCCUCCGCCUCCUCCGCAGCUGCAUCCUUCCCCCCCGCGGCGCUUCCCCCCCACGCGCGCGCGCAAGUGCGCGUGGAGCUCUUCAGCUCCGCCUCGCUGCGAAAGUCGCUCGGCGCGGCCACGGUGGCGCUGGACGCGGCGCUCCGCCGACCGGGGGAGUGGCAAUGCGCGGAGCUGCCUGUGAUGCGCGGGGGGGGAGACGAGCGCGUGACGCAGUGCGGAUGGGUAACGGUGCGGGUGCGGAUUGGGGGAACCGCGGAGGCGGGGAGGGGGGAGGGGGGAAGGGCGGAGAGGGGAGCAGCAUGCUGGCAGCCGCCGCUUGCACCCAUCCCAUCGUUCUACACCUACACAGGGACUGAGGACGGUGCUGACGUGGACGGUGCUUACGUGGACUGUGCAAGGAAAGAGAAUGCAGCAGUUCCAGCAGAUGCAGUGCCAGUUGGCUCAGCAGCGGCACCAAUCAGGGUGCCAGGACCUUACCCCCAAUCAAGCAAUCCAUCUGGGCCAGGUUACCCCUCGUUACAAGCACCUCCAGCGCCAGCGUACAAGCACAGAAAGCCUGCGCUGAAGGUGAGCGUGCACCUGGGUACUACAGGGUUGGUGCUGGGGGCGCUGGGGGCGCUGGCCAGCGGUACGACUCAUGGCGAUGCACAUUCGUCGUUUCUCGACGGACUCGACGACUGCCAAGACGAAUUCCGUCAACUGUUUGACGAGUUCCGUUUGCGCGAAGGAACGGACGGAAUUGACUGCAGCGCGCUGAUCGACUCCGUCGCGGCGGACGACGGCGUAACUCGAGGCGGCGCGCCCCGCGCGAGUGGCGCGGCAGGUACGGCAGCAGGGGAGACGAGGCCGGUUCUGAGGGAACUAUCAGCUGAUUUUGAGGUGGAUCUGGUGCAGGCGCCACCUGCCCUCUGCUCGCUCGCUCACGCCCUGCCAGCAGCAGCCAGGCAGCGGCUGCUUGGUGCCUACUCGCCGCGGUUUUUCCCUCCCCACCGCACUGCACACCUCUGGACGGCUCUCGGUGCCGCCUCUGCCUCGGGGCAGCAAGAUGGGGCGAGGAAACAGGGGGAGUUGCAGCAGCAGCAGCAACGGCGGCAAGGGUUGGAGGAGCAGCAGGGGGUGAAGGAGCAACAAGUGCAAGGAUUGAAGGAGCAGAGGUGUGUGGAGAGAGUGAGAGCGGCGUGCAUGUGGCAAUGGUGGCAGGGGGAGGUGCAACGGACAGUGCAGUUCGUGCAUGCUGUGCGGCAGUGCGCUGCCUCCUCCCCCCGCCACGUGCUCUUCCUGCACGCACCCCACCAGCGCACUCGGAACUCAGGGACGGCAGCCAGAAGAGGAGGGGCGAGAGGGGGAGGAGGAGGAGCAGGGGGGGAAGGGGGAGUGCGGGUGAGAGAGCGGUAUGAUGUGGCGAUGGAACGGUUUGUGGUGCGGGAGCUGCGAGGAAGGGACUGGGGCGUGGUGUCCCUCGCAGGCCAACGACCGGCACCACCACCACCCACAGCGCCAGACGCACAAGCAGGGCACGCAGUCGAAACAGGGGGCACAAUAGACGCCGGGGGCACAGAGGAGGAGGGCACAGCCCAAGCAGGGGCCACAAUGGACGCACGGGGCAUAGAGGCGGGGGAGAGAGAAGAAGCAGGAGGGGCGUCUCACGAGGGCGGGUGGGCAUCAGUGCUGCGGGGUGUGAGGGGCGUGCAGGCGCUGCUGCUGCGGGGCGAGGCGAGCCACCUGCUGCCGCUGCUGGCCCACGUGGAGCAGCGCUUCCUGGAGGGGCCUCUGGAAGACCUCCUUAUAAGCUUCUUCGGUAAAAGUAAUAAGUCCGUGCACGUGCAUAAACCUCCGCUGUUCUGGCGAGAGGUGGAAGGAGGAGACGGGGGCGAAGGGAGCGAGGGGGCAGGGGAGGAGGAGGGUGGGGCUUUGGGGAAGAAGAGGGUUGGGGUGGAGGAGGGGAAUAUGAUGAAUAGAAUGGAGGAGGCUAGUGUUGAGUCGACACAGAACUGGGUGCAGGAGGGAUGGGCUGUGGAGGACCCAUUUGCUAACGAAGUCCAGAAACCCAUCCGUACCGCAUUGAACCCACCAGCAGCACCCAUGGGGCUGUCUGUGUCGCGGAGCAUGCUGGUGAGUGUCCACGGGAGGGAGGUGGUGCCGGCAGGUGCUGCUGGGAGUGUGGCAGUGAGUGGCAGGGGAGGAGGUACUGUAGGCAGCAGGGGCGAUGGGGAUGGUGGCAGCAGCAGGAGGGCGGGAAACGGGGCGAGGGGAACAGAAGACCACAGGGCAGCAGCAGUGGGCAUUGGCAAGGGGGGCGCAGCAACGCGAGCAGCCGUGGUGCUGUCGCCGGGCUCGUUUGCGUGUUGGGUGAAAAGCGGGGGUGAGGCAGCAGGGGGUGAUGAGAGGAGGGCACAAGCGGGCGAGGUGGAGGCACAAGGGAAGGGCGCGGCUGGUGGGUUGAAAGGCGGUGAUGCUGGUCAUGGUGAUGACUACGAUGAUGCUGAUACUCCAGAUGAACCAGCAGGUGUGGCAGCAGAGGGUGAGACAUUGGAGGGGGUGAUUCGAGGCGAGGUUGUGUUUGAGAGCCCGCUGACGGAGCAGGGGGCAGCGGUGUGGACCAUGGUGGCUCCUCGCACAGUGGGGCACAAGAGGGGGCAGCAGGAAGAGCCCCAUGGGGACCACCAGGGGGGACAGCAGCGGGGGCACAAGGGCGAUGAUGCACACGUGGGUCGGAAGGAGACGUUGGAUGGUGCUGCUGGUGGGUGGAAAGGUGCAGGGCAGGUGGGGGCACUGGCAGAGGAGGGCUCAUCAGUGCUUGUUACCAUUCCCAUCACGGGACGGCUUUUUCUGCCCGGAAUCAAGGACCAGAGAAACGUCUGGAUGGGGAAUGUUUUAGGUGUGGGUGACUACACUACUGUAGAUACCAUACCUAUUGAUACCAUACCUGUAGAUACUACCAUAUCUGCCACUGUUGUUUUGGCUGCUGCCACGGCAGAUGGGCCUGCCAGGCUGUCAGCUCCCAGAGAUGCUGUGCGGGGCACUGUGCAGAUGGAGGGCGCGCUGACGUGGACUGACUCAGCGCCAGGUCAUGCCAGGCUGGCAGCUGAAGGGGUGGUGCUGAUUGAGAGGAGGCAGAGUGAGGAGGGGAGUGAGGAGGAGCGAGUGUGGGGGGCGUGGCGCGAUGUGGACGUGUGGGGCGCAGGGCAGGGCCGAGCAGAAAAAGGGGGGGAUUCAUCCGAAGAUGGAAAAAUUCGUUCGGGUGACUCCGACAGGCUCGUGGGGGCAGAGGGGUUGGGGGCAGGCGGGGGAAGCAGCAUGGGGAGCAGGGGAGGCGGGAGAGGCAAGGUGGGGGGGAUGAGAGGUGCUAGGCUUGUGUUUGAGAAAAGUCAGGGAGAGGGGGGCCACAAAGCAAAUGGUGGUAGGUCAAGUGGUGUUGGUUUGAACAGGCAGGUGAAGAGAGUUCUUCUUGGAACGAGUGUUGGUGGUGGUACGGAGGAGGGGGAAGCUUUUGAUAGCAGGGAGAGUGAUGGCAGAGGUGGCAGCAGCAGUGCUGCCACUGCAACUAGAGCGCGCUCUGAAAGCGUGUCGGGCGGGGCACGGUGGAGCGGAGGGAUGGAGCGCGCGAUGGUUAGCAGAGGAGCGGCAGAGGCCCGGCAGGUAGAUGAGCGACAAGCGUCCGAGGGCGCAGGCGAGGCGAAGGAAGACGGUCGCAUGGAAUUGGCGGGGGAGCGUGGGGGUGAGAAGGCAGGAGAGGGUAUUGUAGCAGUUACAGCAGAUGACGCAACAGUUAACGCUGAUGACGCAGCAGUUAACGCUGAUGACGCAGCAGUUAACGCUGAUGACGCAGCAGUUAGAGGUGAUGACGCAGCAGUGAAAGCAGACGAUACAGUCGUUAAAGCGACAGAUAAGGCAAUCGAAGUGGAGGAUACGACCCUUAAAGCGGACAGAACGUGCUUUAAAGGGGACAAUACAGCGACUAAGACGGACGAUACAGCAAUUAAACCUGCCGAUAAAGCCAUCAACAAUAAAGCCAUCGUGGGCGAUGAAGCCAUUAAAGCCGACGAUAACGCCAUUAAAGCGGACGAUAAAGCCGUGAAAGCGGACGAUAAAGCCGUUAAAGCGGACGAUAAAGCCGUUAAAGCGGACGAUAAAGCCAUGGCUGCCUCACUGAAGGUUGCAGGCGAAGCAGUUGUUUGUGAGACAGGGAGGGUCGCGGCAGGGGGAGCCUCAGAUAGGGGUACUGGUGAAGCAAGUAGCGUCGCCGAUACUGCUGGCGAAGCUAGUAGCGUCGCCAGGGCAGCGUGCGCUGCUAGUAGCGCCGUCAGGGCUCCAGGCGACGAGGCGAAGGCGACUUGUUUCGCUGACGAGAAUGAGAAGGUGACAGGCGACGAAAGUAGGGUCGCAGCGGACGAGGGGAAGAUCGCAGCAGCAGGCGAAACGAAGGACGCAGCAGCAGGCGAAACGAAGGUCGCAGCAGCAGGCGAAACGAAGGUUGCAGCAGCAGGCGAAACGAAGGUUGCAGCAGCAGGCGAAACGAAGGUUGCAGCAGCAGGCGAAACGAAGGUGGCAGCAGCAGGCGAAACGAAGGUUGCAGCAGAGGGGACCAGAGAGCAGCAGCAGGAGAGGAGGGAUGAGACGACGGAUGAGAGGAAGGAGGAGAGGCGGGACGGGGAGCUCCCUAAGAGGGAAGGAAGGUUUGAAAAGCAGAGCGAUGUGAUGAGGCACGAGGACGUAGCAGGCAGUGCGAGGCAGGGCGAGGGGGUGAAUGGAGAUGAGAGAAAGGCGUCAGACAGAGGUGAGGAGAAGAGGGCUAGUGAGAGUGGGGGGACGGUGAAGGGUGAGAAUGGGGAAACGAGGACUGGGGAGCAGCGUGCGGGUGAGGCAACGUGUGAGGAGGGAUGGAAGGGAGGUGGAGGGAAGAUUGGGGGAGAGGAGGGUGGAGGAGAGGAGGUUGGGAGAGAGGAGGGUGGGAGAGAGGAGGGCGGCAAGGGGGGGGAGGGCUUCAAGAAGGGGGAAGGCGGCAAGGAGGGGGGGGCCGGCAAGGUGGGGGAGGGCGGCAAGGUGGGGGAGGGCGGCAAGGUGGGGGAGGGCGGCAAGGUGGGGGAGGGCGGCAAGGUGGGGGAGGGCGGCAAGGUGGGGGAGGGCGGCAAGGUGGGGGAGGGUGGCAAGGUGGGGGAGGGCGGCAAGGUGGGGGAGGGCGGCAAGGUGGGGGAGGGCGGCAAGGUGGGGGAGGGCGGCAAGGUGGGGGAGGGCGGCAAGGUGGGGGAGGACCGAGAGCAGCAAGGGGGCAUUCGGGGAGUGGAUGGCACACUGGCGGGGAUGAGGAUGGCAUUGGGGAAAGCGGCAUCGAGGGGAGCAGCGGUGGGGGAAGCGGGGUUGGGGGGGUUGGAGGAGCGUAGCGAAGGGAGCGAGGGACGAGAGGAGGAGGAGGGGGGUGAAAGAUGUGGGCUUGCAAUGAAGGUCAAACGCACGUGCAGCGAGGAGAGAGGGGAAUUUGACAGGGAAGGGGGUUCGGGGAGGGAGGAAUCGGGGGAGAAGGGGAAGGGGGGAUUGGGGCGGAAGGGGAAGGAGGGAUUGGGGCGGAAGGGGAAGGAGGGAUUGGGGGAGAAUGAGAAGGGAGGGAGGGUGAUGGCAGACACAAGAGAGGGGGAUGAGAUGGUGCAUGCGGGAAGGGAGGGGGGAAGGGAGGAGGGAAGGGAGAGAAAGGAGGAGGGAAUGGAGGAAAGGGAGGAAGGGAAGGAGGAGAAAAGGGAGGUAAGGGAGGAGAAAAGGGAGGGGGCAAUGGAGGAGAUAAAGGGGGAGAAAGGGGAGGAACGGGAGGAGAAAGGGGAGGAACGGGAGGAGAAAAAGGGGAAGAAAUUGGAGGGAGGGCUGGAGAAAAGGGAGGAGAAAAGAGAGGAGAAACAGGAGGAGGGAAGGGAGGAGAAAAGAGAGGAGAAACAGGAGAAGGGAAGGGAGGAGAAAAUGGAGGGAGACGUGCGAGGAGAGGAAAAGGGGAAGGCUGGGAGGAUGAGCACUGAGGCGAAGGGAGGGGAUGAGGCGAAGGGAGGGGAUGAGGCGAAGGAAGCGGAUGUGGUUGGUGCAGGCGAGGGGGGACAUGAUGCCGACGCGAUGGCUACCGCAGGGCAGGUCGAAGCACAGGGGGAUGGGCCAGGAAAGGACAGGGAGGAAGGAGCAAAGGAGGGGAAUGAAGGUGCUAAGGGAGGGAAGGGAAGUGCAGAGGGGGGAAAGGAAAGUGUAAAGGAGGGGAAGGAAAGUGAAAAGGAGGGGAAGGAUAGUGUAAAGGAGGGGAAGGAAAGUGCAAAGGACAGGAAGGAAAGUGCAAAGGAGGGGAAGGAUAGUGUAAAGGAGGGGAAGGAAAGUGAAAGGGAGGGGAAGGAUAGUGUAAAGGAGGGGAAGGAGUGCAAAGGAGGGGAAGGAAAUGCAAAGGAGGGGAAGGAAAGUGUAAAGGAGGGGAAGGAAAGUGCAAAGGAGGGGAAGGAAAGUGCUAAGGAGGGGAAGGGAAGUGUAAAGGAGGGGAAGGAAAUGGUAAAGGAGGGGAAGGAAAGUGUAAAAGAGGGGAAGGAAAGUGAUAGGGAGGGGAAGGAAAGUGCAAAGGAGGGGAAGGAAAGUGUAAAGGAGGGGAAGGAAAGUGAUAGGGAGGGGAAGGAAAGUGCUAAGGAGGGGAAGGAAAGUGCUAAGGAGGGGAAGGGAAGUGUAAAGGAGGGGAAGGAAAGUGCUAAGGAGGGGAAGGGAAGUGUAAAGGACAGGAAGGAAAGUGCAAAGGAGGGGAAGGAUAGUGUAAAGGAGGGGAAGGAAAGUGAAAAGGAGGGGAAGGAUAGUGUAAAGGAGGGGAAGGAAAGUGCAAAGGACAGGAAGGAAAGUGCAAAGGAGGGGAAGGAUAGUGUAAAGGAGGGGAAGGAAAGUGAAAGGGAGGGGAAGGAUAGUGUAAAGGAGGGGAAGGAAAGUGCAAAGGAGGGGAAGGAAAGUGUAAAGGAGGGGAAGGAAAGUGCAAAGGAGGGGAAGGAAAGUGCUAAGGAGGGGAAGGGAAGUGUAAAGGAGGGGAAGGAAAUGGUAAAGGAGGGGAAGGAAAGUGUAAAAGAGGGGAAGGAAAGUGAUAGGGAGGGGAAGGAAAGUGCAAAGGAGGGGAAGGAAAGUGUAAAGGAGGGGAAGGAAAGUGAUAGGGAGGGGAAGGAAAGUGCUAAGGAGGGGAAGGAAAGUGCUAAGGAGGGGAAGGGAAGUGUAAAGGAGGGGAAGGAAAGUGCUAAGGAGGGGAAGGGAAGUGUAAAGGAGGGGAAGGAAAUGGUAAAGGAGGGGAAGGAAAGUGUAAAAGAGGGGAAGGAAAGUGAUAGGGAGGGGAAGGAAAGUGCAAAGGAGGGGAAGGAAAGUGUAAAGGAGGGCGAGAAAGGUGCAAAUGUGGGCGAGGAGCAGUUGAAUGGGGAGAAGGUGAGUGGGGAGGAGAAGGUGAGUGGGGAGGAGAAGGUGAGUGGGGAGCAGAAGGCGAAUGGGGAGGAAGAGGCAGAGAAGGAGAAGGGCUGGCAAAAUGAGAGUGUGCGGAAGGAGGACAAGGCGGAAAUGGGGAAGGUGGGUGGGACGGAAGUGGGGGAAGUGGGUGGCGUGAAGCAGGGUGCGAGGAGUGCUGAGGCGGGCAAAGAUACCACUGAAGAGAAGGCGGAAGCGGUGAACAGGAGUGGAGAGAAGGCGGAAGCGGUGAGCAGGAGUGGAGAGAAGGCGGAAGCGGUGAGUAGGGAUGGAGAGAAGGUGGAAGCGGUGAGUAGGAGUGAAGAGAAGGAGGAAGCGGUGGGUAGGAGUGCAGAGAAGGCGGUAGCGGUGAGCAGGAGUGGAGAGAAGGGGGAAGCGGUGAGUAGGAGUGCAGAGAAGGCGGAAGCGGUGAGUAGGGGUGGAGAGACGGCGGAAGCGGUGAGUAGGAGUGGAGAGAAGGGGGAAGCGGUGAGAAGGAGUGGAGAGAAGGCGGAAGCGGUGAGUAGGAGUGGAGAGAAGGAGGAAGCGGUGAGUAAGAGUGGAGAGAAGGCGGAAGGCAGCAGCAUGGAGAAUUGUGGUGUUGGUGAUGUGGAGGCGGGGAUGGGGAAGGUGGAGGAGGGGGUGGUGGCGGAAGAGGGGGAGAAGAGGGUGGAGGGCGAAGGUGGUGUGAGAGGUGCGGUGGUGGUGAGGGCUGCUGCAGCCAGGGGAGACGAGGGGGAUGGGGUGAUGGGGAUGGGGGAAGGGGCAAAGGAGGAGGGGAAAGGGGUUAAGGGGAAGAAGGAAGGGGCAAUGCGAGAGGAGGAAGGAAAGGGGGAAAAGGAAAUUGCAAUGGGAAAGGACGAAAAGGCGAAGGGGAUGGAUGGAGUGGCGAAUGAGGAGGAGGAAGGGGCAAAAAGGGGGAAGGAAGGGGCAAAGGGCGAGAAGGAAUGGGUAACGGAAGAGGAGGAAGGGAGAAAGCGAGAGGAGGAAGAAGCAAGGGGGGUGGAGGAAAAGGCAAAGGGGGAACACGAAAGAGCGAAGGGGAAGGAGGAAGGAGCAAAGGGGGAGGAGGAAAGGGCAAAGGCGGCGGAGGAAGGAACAAAGGAGAAGAAAAGGGUAAAGGGGGAGGAUGAAAGAGCGAAGGGGGAGGACGAAGGAGCAAAGAAGGAGGAAAGGGCGAAGGCGAAGGGGGAAGCCAUAAAAAGGACAGUUGAAAUGGAAACUGCGUUCAGGGAAGGGACACAAGGGGAGGAGGCGAAGGGGAGGGAAGGAGAAGGAGGCACGGCAGUGCUAGUGGGUGAGGAGACAGGGGAAGCAGGGGAGACGGCGGGAGGUGUGGAUGGGAUGGGGAAGAUGGAAGCGGAAGCAGAGGGGAGCGUAGAGGAGACAGCUGUGGGAGGGAAGGUCGAGGUGCUUGACGCGAUGCUUGGGAUGGCAGGGGUGGAGGCGGCAGGGGUGGAGGCGGCAGGGGUGGGGGUGGCAGGGGUGGGGGCGGCAGGGGUGGGGGUGGCAGGGGUGGGGGCGGCAGGGGUGGGGGUGGCAGGGGUGGGGGCAGCAGGUGUGGAGGCAGCAGGUGUGGAGGCAGCAGGGGUGGAGGCGGGGGACAGUGCUAAGCAGGCCAAGAGUGGUGAUGCUGGCAGUGCGGUUGGUGGAGAAGUGGGGAAUGGGGCGGAUCAGACGAGUCAAUGCAUCGUGGUGGCAGACAGAGAGCAGAGGGAGGAGACAGAGCACACGGGACAGAGAGAAGAGCUGGCUGGGUUGGGAGUGGCGAGGGGUGGGGGUGUGAAGGGUGGAGCGGGAUUGGACACAGAGGUGGGUGGGGAGCAGGGGAAGGAAGGGGAAGGUGGGCUGGGGACACGGGCGGGGCUGGCUGGUAAAGAAGGGGGAACGGAAAAGUUUGUCGGGAAGGCAGUGAGCAGUGCAGAGAAGGAGGGUGCAGGGAAGGAGGGUGCAGAGAAGGAAGGUGCAGGGAAGGGGGGAGAGACGAGCAGCUUGAUGGGUGGAUGGGUGGCAGACGGGAGGGCAGCGAAGGAGAGUGUGGAGCGGAGAGGUGGAGAGCGAGUGGGUUCUGGAGAGGUGGCAGUGGAAGCUGGGGCACGGGGGAAGGAGAGAGAGGUGGAGGGGAAAGUGGAGGAGAGCACAGGAGUGGAGGAGAAAGGGCAGGUGGAGAAAGGGGAGGAGGAGAAAGGGGAGGAGGAGAAAGAGGAGGAGGGGAAGGUGAGUGGGGAGGACGGGAAGGAGAGAGGGGUGAAGGGGAAGGAGAAAGAAAAAAGGGGAGAGGUGAGAGGGGAGGAGGGGAAGGUGAAUGAAGAGGAAGAGAAGGCGAGAAGGGAGGGGAAGGAGAGAGAGGAAGAGGGAAAGGAGAGAGGGGAGGAUGGGAAGGCGAACGAAGAGGAGAAGGUGAGAAGGGAGGAGGGGAAGGAUAGAGAGGAAGAGGGGAAGGAGACAGAGGAGGAUGGGACGGAGAGAGGGGAGGAGGGGAAGGAGAAAGAAGAGGAGAAAGAGAGAGGAGAGGAAGGGAAAGAGAGAGGAGAGGAGGGAAAGGAGAGAGGGGAGGAGGAAAAGGAGGAGAAAGAGGAGGGAAGGAAGGAGCGUGAGGAUGAGAAGGAAGCAAAGGACGGAGCAAAGGGGAGAAAUAACGAUUUGCAAAGUUGCGGGGUUGGAAGGGAGGAGAGGCAGAAGAGAAAGAGAGAGUGGGCAGAGGAGUGUGAACAGGGAGAUGAAGGAGAAAACAACGGGAUGAAGGAGGAUGUUAUUCAGCAAGUGAAGAGGAGAGCAGAAGAGGUGGGUAGAGAGGAGGAGGAGAAGAGAGGAUCGAACCCAGUGGUGGAGGAGAGCGAGGUUCAUGCGUGCAGUGCUGUGCAAGUGAAUGAGGUGAGGCAGGUGGAUGAGGUGAGGCAAGUGGAUGAGGUGAGGCAGGUGGAUGAGGUGAGGCAGGUGGAUGAGGUGAGGCAGGUGGAUGGGAUGAGGCAGGUGGAUGAGGUGAGGCAGGUGGAUGGGAUGAGGCAGGUGGAUGAGGUGAGGGCGGUGGAUGAGGUGAGGGCGGUGGAUGUGACGGGGGUGGCAGAGGAGAAGCAGUUGGGGCUUGUUGACACUCCGCCCACUCUCCUCUCCCUCCCACCCUCCUUCCGCCCUCCCACUGUCCUCCCCACUGCUCCUCACACGCCGACCCACAUGGUGCCAGCAGCACAUCAGCAUCUCUCUGCCCCUUCCCUCCCUGGUAGCGUCGCUCCAGCCCCCACUGCCUGCCCUCCUCACCAAGCCUCUGCCCCCGCGCACACAGACCUGAAUUCCGUGCCGAUAUCAGGUUCGGACUUAGGCUCGGUUGCAGGCUUGGAUACACGCUCGGGUGGAGGCGUGGAAGGGAAGGACAGAGAGGAUGGUGAGAGAAGUGGGCGGGUGGAGAAUGAGACCGGGGUGGAUGGGGAGAAGAGAGAGGGGGAGACGAGAGAGGUGGGCAAGAGAGCAGAGGAGACGGAGAGAGAAGAGGAGGAGAAAAGGGCGGAGGAAGAAAGGAGAGUGGCGGAGGGGCGGAAAGUGGUGCGGAGGCUGCAGGGGAGGAGAGGGGCAGGGAAGGACUUUUGGGAGAAGAUUGAUGAUGAGGUCGACUCUCUCCUUCUGCCCCGCCUCUACCCACACAAGGCCCCUCCCGCUCUGCACUUCCACCCACCCUCUCAGCCUCCUUCCUCCAUGCCUCCUCCCCUCACGCCUCCUCUCAACUCCCUUCCUUCGCUUCCUCAUCCCUCUGCACCCAUCUCCAACCCCGCCCACCCCCCUGCACCCACCAUGCCUCAGUUGCUGCAUGUCCCCUCUUUAGGUGCACCCUACAUAGGGGUGCAGUCAGAUGGGCAGAACGAGAAAGAGAAGGCAGGCGGUGGUGAGACCAGCAACGGUGAUGAUGCUUUGCUGGGGAGUUAUGAAGAGUUUUUUCUGCCCCCGUUUCCCUGGCUGCCGAAGGCUGGUGCUCCUGGUAAACCUGUUCGGGCACGUGACCGAUCCCGGGCAGCGGAAAAGAUAAGUGGCAGCCUAGACAGCGAGAUUGUGCAGAGAGGAGAAUUGGAGGGCAGACUGGUAGGCGUUGAUAAGGAUGGGAAGGGCAGCAGUGGGAGCAUGCAUGGCAUUGGCGAGGAGAGUGAGGAGCGAGAGGUGGAGGAUGGGGAAGAGGGGGAGGGGGAAGGGGAGGAGGGGGAGGAGGUGGAGGAGGAGGAGGGGGAGGGAGAGGGAGAGGAGGAAGAAGAGGAGAGGGAUGUGGGCACGGAGGAAGUUGAGGGAGAGCGAGAGGGUGAUGAAGGUGAGGAGACUGAGGAUGAGGUGGAGGGAAGAGAGGCGGAGGGAGGAGAGGUGGAGGGGGAGGGCGAUGGGGGCCACAGAGAAAAGGGGGUUGCGUUGGAAGGCAGUGUGGAGAUGGGAGGUCAAGGCGAGCGUGCAGCUCACGGGAUUAUGACAAAUGGUCUCCUCUCUGUGCCGCCCGCUUUCGCCACCCAUGCAGCAGCACCCAUCUAUGACCCGUCAGCCGCACUCCACACGACCCCCACACACACACAUGCCUCUCCACAUGGCCACACUCACACGGCUCCUCUGCACCCAUCCGCUCCCCCUCGUACCCAUCCGCACACCUCCCACUCCCCUGCCCCUUCCUCUGCCAUUCCACCCAGUCUUAUGCAACCCAGUCCUUUCCAGAAAGGGAGAAGUGAGCAAGGGAGAGGGGAGGGAGGGCAAGGGAGAGGAGGGUCGAAAGGAGGAGGGAGAGGGGAAGGAGGGAAGCGGAGUAGAAAGGAGGGUGGUGGUGGGCGGGGCACGGGAGAGGGGUCAGGUGUGGUGAUGCGAGGGAAGGGAGCAUCGUCUCCCUCUCCUCCUCUUGCUACCUCAUCCGCUCUUGUUCCUCCCGGUUCUCUGCCUUCCGCUCUCACCGCUGGUGUCGCCGCCGCCGCCGCUGCUACUUCUGCUGCAACAGCAGGGGGAGCAGCGGCAGCACCUGCGUCAGCCCGUUUGCUGCAACCCCCCCUUACUGCCCCUCCCUUUAUUCAUCCCACGGCUGCUGCUGCUGCCGCUGGUGAUGCUGCUCCCUCCAUGUCCCUGUUACUACCACCGCCAGAGUUCAAGCCCAGGCGGACCUCCUCCCUCUCCUCCUCCUCCCCACUCCUCCGCCCGCCUGCCCUCCUCCCCCCCUCCUCUCCCCUCCUCCGGGCCGUCUCUGCAGCAGCUGCAGCCCCAGCAAGCAGCAGAGAGGCAGCAGCGGAUGAGGGGCCGGGAAUGAAGAUCUCUCUGGUGGGCGCUGGGGAGGGAAAGGGGCUCGUGGGGGGCGAUGAGGGGAGGAGGUGGGCUCAUGGUGAGCUGCUGGUGGGCAGCAGAGGCAGCCUUUUCGGUCCCUCUGCUCUGGGCUCGGUAUCGGUAGGAGCAGUGGGAGGGGUAACAGGAGGGGCGCAUGCAGUGGGCGAGGCAGCAGCAGUAGGGGCUGCAGGAGGACGGGCAGCAGCAGCAGGAGCCGUGGAGGGCGAGGAGGAGGAGGAUGCAGUGGCUGCUCUGGCUGCCAUGGCUGCCGCUGCUACUGCUGCCCUGCCAGGGGAUUCUUUCAGUGAUUCGCCUCUCGCUCACGCACACGGUGGUGCGACUGUCACUCACACACACGGUGCACGAGACGAGCUCACUGCCAAGGGGGUGCCCAGAGGAGGAAAGCACAGCACCUCUGCUGCUGCAGAUACCCCUGCUUCUCCCGCUCGUGCUGCUGCCACUGCAGCGGGUAGCAAGCGAGCAGGUGGCAAGGGGCGUUUGGCCGGGGCGGGGAAGGGGGAGGGCGCAGGGGCAGGGAAGGUGGGUGCUGCGAGUGCAGGAGGGAAAGCAGGGGGGGUUGCUGGAGAAGCAGCACUAGGAGCAGCAGGGGUUGGGAGAAGUGCUGCAGGGGGCGGUGGUGUAGUUGCCGCAGGGGUUGGUGCUGCAGCUGGCAGCGCUGCGAAGGUGGGGAAGAAGAAGGGGAAAGGUCCGGGAUUUGUUGUGUCGAAACCGAGUGUGGCGGUGGGAGAAGCGGCAACUGCAGCGACUGCCGCCGCUUCUGCGAGUUGUGUUAGUGCUGGUGGUGGUUCUGGUGGUUGUGCUGCAAGGGAGGAGCGGGCAGGCAUGUUGGGGCACUUGGCUGCUCUGCUGGACCAAGCCAGUGCAGGAUCAGCAGAUGGAGGAGGUGUGGGUGCUGGUGGUGCUGGUGGUGCUGGUGGUGCUGGUGGUGCUGGUGGCAGUGCUGGGGAAGCGGGAGGGGAAGAAAGGGCUCAAGGAGCGGCUGAGGAGCCCCCAGAGGAGGGUGAAGAGGGGACGGAGGGAGAGGAGGGACUGGAGGGGCUGGGAGGUGCUCGAAGAGGCCAAGACGAAGCGAGUGGAACAAAGGCAAGCAGUGGAGCUGCUUGUAGCGAGGAUGGGGAUGCGUUUUCUGCUGAAGCAGCAGGAGAAGGAGGCAGAGGAGGAGGAGGUGCUUUGGGGAAUGCGAGUAAGAGAAAUAUGGACGGAGGCAAGGGCAGAGAUAUGGAUGCAGGGAGAUCGCAAGACAGGGCGAUGGGUAGUGGGUUUGGUGAGUGGAAAGAGGAAGAGAAAGAAGAGGAAGAGGAGAAAGAGGAGGAGGAGGAAAUAGAGGAGGGAGAGGAGGAGGAGGAGGAGGAGGAGGAGGAGGAGGAGGAGAGGGUGGUGGUGGUAGCACCACGCAAGCGCAGACGCACCGCCACAGCCAUGGAGCCGGUGGUGCUGCCAGGCGUGCGAAGAGAUGCCGUGCUCACUCCUCCUCGAAAGCGGAGGGAAGAGGAGAAGAACGCAAAGCAGAAGGACCCAUCUCGCAGUGGAAGCUUCGAGGACGCCAGUGGAGGAGGCGGUGCUGCCCUCUCCUCCUUCCCACUCCCUCUCCCUGCCACUCACGACACUGAUCUUAUGCGUCUCCUCCCUGCUGCUGCUGCUGCCAGUGGUCGUAGAAGGGUGGGUGCGGCAGCUAGGAGGGGGUAUGGCGAGCAGGGGGUGGAAGCGGGGGAGGAGGGGGGGCAGGGGGGAGCGGAGGAGGCGGAGGAUGAGGAGGAGGAGGACAAGCCGAGGAGGAGGCGAAGGCAGAAGCUGCACCUGCUGCCUGAGACGCCCGUGGGCAAGGGGGCAGGAAGGAAGAAGGCACGUACUGGCAGGGUGGGAGGGGCGGAUGGGGGAAGAGCUGCUGCUGCUGCUGCUGCUGCUGGUGGAGGAGUGGCUGUGGCUGUGGCUGCAGUACCAGCUGCUUAA